AUGCCUAAGUCGAAGCGCGCGAGAGUCGUUCACCUGUCCAAGGUCGAGAAGAAGGGCAAGGAACUGUCGGAAAAGCUCUUCAACAAUGUGCGCGAGGCCGCCGAGAACUUCCAGUACAUUUUCCUCUUUGACGUCGAGAACAUGCGCAACAACUACCUGAAGGAGGUUCGCCAGGAGUUCUCUGACAGCAGAAUAUUUUUCGGCAAGACCAAGGUCAUGGCCAAGGCCCUCGGCACCGACGACGCCUCCGAGCACCUCCCCAACCUGCACAAGCUCGCCCAGCGCCUCGAGGGCAACGUCGGUCUCUUCUGCACCAACCGCGAGCCCUCCGAGAUCAUUGAGUACUUCCAGAGCUACUCCCAGACCGACUUCGCCCGCGCCGGCGUCGAGGCCACCCAGACUUUCGUCGUUCCCGCUGGUGUUGUAUACUCGCGCGGUGGUGAGCUGCCCGCUGAGGAGGACGUGCCGCUCCCGCACCCUGUGGAGGUUACCGUCAGGAAAUGGGGCAUGCCCACUAGGCUGGAAAAGGGCAAGGUCAUGCUGGACCAGCCCUACACCGUUUGCAAGGAGGGCCAGACGUUGAACAGCCACCAGACCGCCCUGCUGAAGCUUUUUGGUGUCGCUAUGGCCGAGUUCAAGAUCAAACUUCUUACCUACUACAACAAGGAGAGCGAAACCGUCACUGAUAUCGAUGCCAUGGAGGAGUAA